UCCUGGAGGGCAGUAGCUCUGAAGCCAUGGAGCUGUUUCUCCUGUGUCUGCUCGGUAUCCUCCUGGGGCCAACAAAGAUCCAGGCUCAGGAUUCUCUUCCAACAAUCACCCCACGUUCAUCUUUGAGCAUGUUCCCCCGGCAGCCAGAUUUCCAAUAUAAAGAGUUGCAGGGAAAGUGGUAUGUCUUGACUUCAGCAGAGGCCCCAGUCUUCAAUGAAACCGACCCCGAAGGAGCAUGGCAGAGCAUGACCUUGGAGCUGAAUGAUGACAACAGCUAUAAUGUCACCAUAGUCUGGUACAGCAACUCUACCUGCCUGAACCACUACGAUGUUGCACUUCCAACUGGGAAGCCUGGUGUAUUCACCUUUAAAAAUGUAAUAAGUGAGUCCUUGGUGAGGGAGGUCUGA